AUGUCAUUUUUCACUCUUUUUUUCCGUAUUUUUUACUUUCUUUUUCACUUUGACAUUCUAUCUUUCUUUCUUUCUUUCUUUCUUUCUUUCUUUCUUUCUUUCUAUUUCUUCCUUUUUUCCAUUUCACUUAAACAGACGCUAAUCGCCCGAUACGAUUUACUUUCUUUCUUUCCUUCUUUCUUUCUUUCUUUCUUUCUUUCUUUCUUUCUUUCUUUCUUUCUAUUUCCCGCAUUCAUCUAUCUUUUCUUCUUUUCUUUCUUCUAUCCUGCACAUAUUUUUUCUUUCUUUCAUCUUCUUUUAUCUCCUCGACUUUCGGGUUUUUUUUGUUUUGUUUUUUCGUAUCUUUUCUUCUUUUCGAUGUUUCUUUCGUAUCUUAUUUCCAACUCACAUUUUCUUCUUUAUUUCUUCUUCGUUUCGCUGCACAGCUUUCUACUUUCCUACAUGCAUUUCCCUUUUCUUUCUUUCAUCUUCAUUUUUCUCUUUGACGUUCUUCUUGUGUUUCUUUUUCUUUAUUUUUCCGUUAAUCUCUUCCACUUUCUGUCGUUUCUUUUCUUGUUUUUCCUACAUACAUUUCUAUUUUCUUUCUUUCUUUUUUUUCUUUUCUUUUCUACACACCUUUCGUUCGUUCUUUCUUUCUUUCUUUUUUCUUCCCAAUGUUUAUUUCUUUUUGUCCCUUUCUCCUUUCAUUUCUUUCUUUCUUUUCUUUUUUCUCCUUUCAUUUCUUUCUUUUCUUUCUUAUCGUUUCAUAUCUUUUUUCUUUACAUCAUUUCAUCCUUUCGUUUCGUCACUUUCUUUCUUUCUUUCUUUCUUUCUUUCUUUCUUUCUUAUCGUUUCAUAUCGUUUUUCUUUACAUCAUUUCAUCCUUUCGUUUCGUCACUUUCUUUCUUUCUUUCUUAUCGUUUCAUAUCGUUUUUCUUUACAUCAUUUCAUCCUUUCGUUUCGUCACUUUCUUUCUUUCUUUCUUUCUUUUUUCUUUCUUAUCGUUUCAUAUCGUUUUUCUUUACAUCAUUUCAUCCUUUCGUUUCGUCACUUUCUUUCUUUCUUUCUUUCUUAUCGUUUCAUAUCGUUUUUCUUUACAUCAUUUCAUCCUUUCGUUUCGUCACUUUCUUUCUUUCUUUCUUUCUUUCUUUCUUAUCGUUUCAUAUCGUUUUUCUUUACAUCAUUUCAUCCUUUCGUUUCGUCACUUUCUUUCUUUCUUUCUUUCUUAUCGUUUCAUAUCGUUUUUCUUUACAUCAUUUCAUCCUUUCGUUUCAUCACUUUAUGUCUAUCUUCCUUACUUAG